GAAGAAGAAGGCCCCGUGGUCGCGUUGGGUUCGAUCCCGGACCGAUGUUGCGGGCCGGCGGAGUUUGAAUGUUGGCCACGGACACGCGGGGGAACGCGCUGUUUGCUGUACUCGAGACGGAACAUGUCUUUUUCAUGGCUGACUUGUUCACUUCUUCUGGGAACUUUGUGCGCAGGUUACAGUCUGGGCGAAGCCGAGACCCGGGAGUGUGUGUACUACAAUGACAGCUGGCGCACGGAGAGGACCAACCAGAGCGGCUUCGAGCGCUGCGAGGGCGACAAGGACAAGCGGCUGCACUGUUACGCCUCCUGGCUCAACUCCUCAGGGACCAUCAAGUUGGUGAAGAAAGGCUGCUGGCUGGACGACUUCAACUGCUAUGACAGGCAAGAGUGUGUUUCCUUGGACGAAAACCCUCAGGUGUUCUUCUGCUGCUGCGAGGGCAACUACUGCAACGAGCGGUUCACCCACCUUCCUGACAUGAUUGGCAGUGGCAACCGAGUGAAAAUCCGGCCUCCACCUCGGGUGCCGUCCCUGCUCAACGUGCUGGUGUACUCCCUGCUGCCUCUGUGCGUGCUGUCCCUGGCCCUCGUCCUGGCCUUGUGGAUGUACCGCCACCGCAAACCUCCCUACGGCCACGUGGACCUUAGCGAGGAUCCAGGACUCUCUCCUCCAUCACCAAGUGUGGGUCUCAAACCUCUGCAGCUGCUGGAAAUCAAAGCCAGGGGGCGCUUUGGUUGUGUGUGGAAGGCCCAACUGAUGAGCGAGUAUGUUGCUGUAAAGGUCUUCCCUAUUCAGGACAAGCAGUCGUGGCACAACGAGCGGGACAUUUUCUUGACUCCGGGGAUGCGACACGAAAACCUCCUGCGUUUCAUCGCCUCCGAAAAACAUGGAAGCAACCUGGAGACGGAGCUGUGGCUUAUCACAGAGUUCCAUGAGAGGGGCUCACUGACGGACCACCUGAAGGGUAACAUGGUGUCCUGGGGUGAUCUGUGUCACAUAGCAGAGAGCAUGUCCCGCGGCUUGGCCUACCUCCAUGAGGACAUUCCCAGCUACAAGGGCGAGGGGCCAAAACCCACUAUCGCUCACAGGGACUUCAAGAGCAAGAAUGUGAUGCUUGCCGAUGAUUUAACUGCGAUCAUCGGAGAUUUCGGGCUCGCUGUGCGAUUUGAACCAGGGAAACCUCCAGGGGACACUCAUGGCCAGGUGGGCACGAGGCGGUACAUGGCCCCAGAGGUGCUGGAGGGAGCCAUCAACUUCCAGAGAGACUCCUUCUUGAGGAUAGACAUGUACGCCAUGGGCCUGGUGCUGUGGGAGCUGGUGGCCCGCUGCACGGUAUCUGAUGGUACAAUUGGCGAGUACAUGCUGCCGUUCGAGGAGGAAAUUGGGCAGCAUCCCACCCUGGACGAUCUGCAGGAUGUGGUCGUGCACAAGAAGAUGCGUCCAGCCAUCAAGGAGUGCUGGCUCAAACAUCCUGGUUUGAGCCAGAUGUGCGAGACCAUCGAGGAAUGCUGGGACCACGACGCAGAGGCGCGACUAUCGGCCGGCUGCGUCGAGGAGCGCAUCGGCCAAAUCUCCAGGAUGAUCAGCAGCUCUACCUCAGACAGCCCCGCCUGCAUCGUGACGUCUCUCACCAACGAGGACCUACCUCCCAAAGAGUCCAGCACCUGA